AUGGACAUGGCUAUGGGCACAUCUACCACGAUGGAAAUGGCCGCCACAGGCACCGCCUCCUCGGCCGCCGCAGCCACCAGCAGCGUGAUGUCGAUGAGCAUGGGAGGAGGCAAUUCGUGCAAGAUUUCUAUGCUUUGGAACUGGAAUACGGUCGACUCGUGCUUCAUCUCUAGCUCAUGGCACGUCACGAGCAGCGGCAUGUUCGCGGGAUCGUGCAUUGGCGUCCUGCUGCUAGUCAUGCUGCUCGAGCUGCUGCGCAGAAUGGUCAAGGAGUACGACGCUCUUCUCGUCCGUAAGCAUUCCACCAGCGCCAACAAUAACACAUACGUCACGGCCGCUACUGCCGGCCAUGCCCAGCAGGUGACCAAGGAGAGCGGCGGGAGCAAGGACGACCUGCACGUGCGGCCCGUCAGCGCCGCCCCGUCUGGUCGCUUCCGGCCGACUGUGCCCGAGCAGGCUGUCCGCGCCUUGCUGCACACGUGCCAGUUUGCUGUGGCUUACUUUGUUAUGCUGCUGGCCAUGUAUUACAAUGGAUACAUCAUCAUCUGCAUAUUCAUUGGGGCAUUCCUAGGUUCUUUCGUCUUUCACUACGAGUGGAUGGGAGUAGAUGGCAACCAGACAAGCGCUUCUCGUGAAGCCACCGUGUGCUGUGGCUAG